AGUCAAGGUCGCCUAGUUCGCAGGCUUCAUCUCUGCACUUACCAUGCCAGUAUCGACCGAGACUACUACGCACGCACACUCCGCGCCGACCGCUACCGCGACGCUCAAGUUGCGCGCCGAGGAGGCGUUCCCGGAGCUGAGCACAAAGGGGUACACCGUGGUCCCGGGUGUCAUUGGGAGGGAGAAAGCGCAGCGCUACGUCGACGAGAUGUACAAGUGGCUUGAGAGCUUUGGCAAAGGCUUCAAGGGCGACGACCGCUCAACAUGGCACAUCUCCAACGUGCCAACGUUUGACAAGGGUGGACUAUACCACCGCUACGCAGUCGCGCAUGAGCAGUUUGCUUGGGACAUUCGGACAGAGCCAGGGGUUGUCGACGCGUUCGCCAAGAUCUGGGGCACGGAGGAGCUCAUCGUCUCAUACGACAGUGUGAACAUCUCGCUGCCGUACGGCGCCGAGCUACCCGCUGCUGCUGGCAAGCCGUGGCCCCAUUGCGACCAGUCUCCCACUCGCCGCUUCAAGCACUGCGUCCAGGGUAUUGUCAACCUGUACCCCAACGGGCCGAAGGACGGUGGCCUCAUGGUGCUGGAAGGUAGCACCGCCCUCUUCGAAGAGUACUUCCGCACACACGAGCACCUCAUGCCUGCAGAAGGGUGGUCGACUGCCGACUGGUGGAUGCACGAGGACGCGCACCUCGAGUGGUUCUACGAGCGGGGGUGCACGUGGAAGAAGGUCGAGGCGGGCCCCGGCGACCUCAUCCUCUGGGACUCGCGGACGGUGCACUACGGCGACGCCGCGCACGGCACCGAGCCCCGCGUCGCCACGUACGUCUGCUACAAACCGAUCAAGGAUAUCAGUCCGCAGAAGCUCAAGGAGAAGCAGGAGUGUUUUGCCAACUCGUGGGGCACGACCCAUGACCCGCUCGGUAAGAAUGUUUGUAAUCCCGCACUCAUGUUAGAAUUCCGCAUCACUUCGGCGCGCCACAAGGGUUGGAAAGUCGAGGAGGGGGAGCGGACGGAGCCGCGCCAACCGCCGGUGCUGAGCCACCGCGCAAAGCAGCUUGCAGGGCUCGUGCCCUACUAGGCAGAGGAGAUGGCGGAGGC